AUGUUGCCUAUCGUCACCUACCUCGUCAGCAUGCUGGCACUGAUCAGCACCGUGUACAGCACCCCCGCGGUUGUCAACAACUCACUCUCCCUUCACAACACCUCAUUCCUCGCUGCUUAUGACGACUCGGGGUAUAUCCUGGAAUGGAUCUGCGAUCAUGAUACCUCGCCAGCCCACCAAAACUCCAUCCGGGACGAAAUUGAUUACCUACGUUCGUUGCCAGAGACACCCAGACCACGGACGACGCAAAAGGGUUGUGGUCGCAACUUCAACACUGGUAUCGAGACUACGUGGGAGCACAUUGCCGCAGGUGCAGAGAGUCUGCUCACGAAGUGCUCUUACAACGACGGUCGCGGGGUGAAUGGAGUGGCGCGUUAUAGCACAAACUAG